AGAAGCACUCGGUAGUUUGUUGUACAGUGUCAUAGAACCUCUUAUUUCAUUUUAUGAAUUCGUGUCGAGUGGUUAUCGUGGCCAAAAAGGUGUUGAAUUUUAUUAUUAUUAAUUUGUUCUAUCACUGGAACAGUGUGUACCAUUUAUUUACUUUCUAAAAAAAAUCCGUUCAUCAAAAUCCAUACCAUUUUUUAUUAAAUAAUAAAGAUAAAUAAAACAAAAAAAUAUUUAUUAAAAAAGAAAAACGGAUGCUUAUCGAAAGAAAUUUCGAAAGAAAGAGCUGCAAACCAACAAUAUUGUACACACGUAAAUGAUCAGAUACUGAACAAAGCUCUGGCGAUCGCAUCGAAUCAAACUUUUCAAGCUGAAAACAAACUUUUUUUCGUUUCGUUUCUUUUAUCACGUGUAUUAAAUCAAAACCAUCAUAUAUCUCAUUUUCAAUGUGACCUGAACAAAUUAAUUUUAGUGAUUUUUGUGCACGAAAAAUUAUGGCCAGUAAUCGCGGAUAGAAAAGAUGAAAGAAAGAAAAAAAACAGCAAUAACAACGUCAAACAAUUUAUGAAGCUGGCCUAAAAUAAAUCAGCCACUCUGGUGUUAAACUCUGUUAAGUGUGUUCAAAUUUUUAAUAUGAAAAUCAGUUCAUUGUUUUGUGUAUGAAAAAUUAAAUCUUCCGUUUAUGACAAAACAUCGAAUUGUUGCAAUCAAAAAUCAAAUAUACCAUUUCUCUUUCAAAUCAACAAAAUGAAUUGAAUUAAAUGGUGCACACAUUUUUUCAAGUGCAAAGUUUCAGCAAUUCAUGUUAUCUAAACAACCACAAUUUUGUUGCAAACCACGAUUUAAAAAAAAAAGAAAGAAAGAACCAAAGACCACAUAAAAAAAAUAUUAGUGCGCAUUGAUCGCAUUGAUUUAUGAUAAAAUAAAAAAAAACAAUGACUAUAAUUGAGUCUGAGUGAUUGUGUAUAUGAUCGAAGAACUUGAAGGAAAAAUUAAACGAAGUAAAAAAAUUGAAAGAUUGUUUGCAAGAAAACGAAAAAAAUAUAUAAAGAAAUAAACAAACACACACAUAUGCAUAGAAUUAUAAUUGGCAAUCAAAGUUGCUAGCAAAGCACUCUCGCAUAACGUACAUAACAUAAAAACAAAACUUAACGGUCAUUUUGAGUUGAGAAAGUAACGCAUGUCAACUAUACUGGCAAUCAAUUCUGGAACCUUUACGGAGGAUCCUCAGGAGCAUAAUCUUCUUCAAGAUUUAAAUGGCGUUGAUUUCGUUAUGAGCUUAUCGCCAAAAUCAUCGAACAGUCAUAAUUUAGCUAGUUUACAACACUUACAAAGUCUACAGCAACAAAACUCAUUGCAUAACCAUUCGACGCCAUUCAGCGUCACCGACAUACUCAGUCCAAUUGAAGAAUCAUACCGCAAAUUGGAAUUAAGUAGCACGAAUCCGCCGUCGCCUUACAGGUUCGUUCAUUUUGAAUCAAAUUCAAGUGGUAGUAGUGUAAAUUCGCCAAGUGCUUUAGGAAACAGUUCCAGUAUGGCAAAUCCAUAUGCAAUGACUCCACUUUAUCACAGUCCGGGUGUUCAAAGCUACUGUGGACCAUCCGAUAAUUUAUCGUUAGCCGGUCAUUAUACAGAUAUGCGCAGUUCGGCGGCUGGAUGGUAUGGAUCGACAGCAAACGAUCCACGAUUUGCAAUAUCGCGAUUGAUGGGAGGCUCAGCAAGCGGAUCUAUGGGUCAUAUGAGUAAUAUGGGUGGUUUGGCUGCUUGUAGCGUCUCUGAUACAAAACCAAUGCAGUUCCCCUUGGCACAAAGACGAAAAAGGCGUGUACUAUUUACUCAAGCUCAGGUUUAUGAAUUAGAGAGACGUUUCAAACAGCAAAAGUACCUUUCAGCACCGGAACGUGAGCAUUUGGCGAGCGUCAUCCAUCUAACACCAACACAGGUGAAAAUUUGGUUUCAAAAUCAUCGAUACAAAUGCAAACGUCAGGCCAAAGAGAAAGCGAUGGCUGAGCAAAACCAACAUAAUCAGUCAGCCAGUUCACCUCGACGUGUUGCCGUACCCGUAUUAGUUAAGGAUGGUAAACCAUGCUCGAAUAAUUCGAACAAUAGUAGCCAACCAACGCAGGCACAAAAUCAACAUGCACAACAGCAACAACAGCAACAGCAACAACAACAACAACAACAACAACAAUUGAACAGUAAUACCACACCGUCAAACAAUAAUAAUGUUAUCGUUGUUGGCGAUGUAUCCAAUACACAUUCACCAGAUACAUCAUCGACAUUAUUGUCCAGCUAUAAUGGUGUACAGCAUUCGCAAAUGUUACAGCAACCUUGCAACAAUUCAUUGAUGUCGAGCAGCUUAGCGAUGGCAUAUCGAAAUCAAAACAAUUUCAUGGGAAACAGCCAUCAACAACAAUGCGGCAGCUACAUACCCAUGCAAGGACGAGCUUGGUAACUUUGAUUCUGCUUCUCCUUCAUUUUAUUUCUUCUUCUUUUUUUUUAAUUCAACUUCCAACAUCCAUACACACACACACACAUACAUAAAAAAAGAAAUACAAUGAUUAAACACAAACAGAGAGAGAGCGAAGAACACCCACUUGCGAUUACGCAGAAUCCAGUUUAUACUAUUUUUUUUGGUUUCUAUUUCAAAAAAAAAAAAAAAAUAUUUAUUUCAUUUUCGUUUGAUGAUGAAAUCAAUUCAAGAAUUUGCAAAUUUACUUAAAUUUGUCUGAAAAGACAUCGAUGACAAAAUUACAUAUGAUAUACGACAAAAAAAAGAGAGAGACCGAGGGAGAGAGAGAAAGAAACGGGGAAAACAAACACACAUAAAAUUAUUUUAUUGGAAAUUUAUUCUCAUUAGAUAAAAAUUUGUUUAGCAAAUACAAAUUCGAUGAAAAUAUGGAAUUAUAAGUAUGCAAAUUGAAUUGGUUAUUUAGCAUUUUAUUAUUGGACGUCGAUUCAACUAAUUUUACGAAGCGAUUAAGCAGCUUUUGUGCAUUUCGUUUAGAUUAAGGCAUAUGUUUGUUUGUUUUUUUGAAGAAAGAAAGAAAUCUAUUCAUACAUUCCAUCAACUCAUCCAGACAGUCGAAAGUUAGAAUAACUUAACUACUUGAUAUACCUGUAAAUUCCAAACAAAAUUUCUUUUUAAUUCAUUUUGAGAACAACUAAUUGACAUUCAAGCGGUUACAUAGUAAGCGUAGUCUGUUCAUGCAUUGUACGUACAUUUAUUUUUUUUCUCCAAAUAUUUAAUAUCGUAAAUACAAUGGAUAUGAGCAUUAAAGUUGAGCGCCAAUAAAACAAGUAGUUUUGUGAAAUAAUAAAUGAUUUUUUUAAAAAAAGCACACAGACACACACGAAAACUUUGAUCUCUCAGUGUACGUUCAUGCUCCGAUGUGAACACUUUUUUAAUGUUUGAAUGUGGUUCAUCACACAUUUCUACGAUAAAUCCAAUUGAAAUUCACUGGAGACAGAGAAACAAGUGAAAAAUAGUAUAUCAGCGAAUCUCAUAAGAUGUUAAAAACAGCAACAGCAACAACAGCAAUCACAAAAAUAAUCAAAUAAAUAACAAUAACAAAAAAAAUUGAUAUUAUUGCCAAACGAAAUGACAUACAAAUCCUAAACAUCGAUAAUGCAAUAAAUAGAAAUUAGUGUGAGUAUGUUACAUUUAACAAAAAGAAACGAAUUAAAAGAAAAAAAACGCAUGUAAAACUUAAUUAAACAAAGCAUUCAAUCCACGUAAAAAUAAAAUACAAAAAAAAAAUCAUAUUUAAACAGUUAGCAAUAAAAAAAGCUUCAAUAGAUUGAGGAAUUGAUCCCAGUUUAAGCUGAGUAUUAGUUACUUUCACCAUUUUUUAAAUACGUAAGAUUUCCUAAAUGAAUCGCUUUUUAUUUCCGACAAAAAAAAUGAAACCGAUUUUAAAUAAUUCUAAGGUAGUAGGGUAACACAUAAGAAUUUUUAAUUAUUGGAGUAAUGGCACAUUUCUAUACAAAAAAAAUGCAUAUUAUUUUUGUUUUGUCUUUAUUUCUCAAUUUGAAUAUAAAUCAAAUAAUUUUCAAUGUGAAAUUUGCACACACACAAAUACAAACACAUACACUCAUUCAACCGGCAAAUUCAGAAAGCAACAGAAGAAAAUUUACAUGUAAAUAAAUAACAGAUUCAAAAUAUUAUUUAGUAUCUAGGCACAUCACCGCAGCCGAAACGAACACAUUGGUAUUAACUGAAUGUAUGUAUUUGAACUAAAGUGUGAUCAUCGUAAAACAAUAUUUUAAAUCAAACGCAAUUCGGUUAACUCCAUGGUCGUGUUAUGUGUGUAUGCUAGAUCUAAUUUGAAUCAUCAAUGAUCAGUUUUGGCCAUACAUUAGAAAUAUAUAGAUUUAUCUAUCUAUCUAUUUUAAAUGUAUGGUUUUGGCUUCACUUUUUACAAAAUCUAUCUAAAAAAAAGCAACACUUAGUUUGUAUUUGAAUGAAUAUUCGAAAUUCUUCAAAAUUAUAUAGAUUGAUUUUUAUCGUAUCUUACUUACUAUACUUUGGUGUCGGUUAAAGAGGACAAAUUAACAAACAAAAAAAAAACUCAAAACAAACCACAAAUAUCUCGGAAUACACAAUUUCGUCCAAUAAUUGCAUUUGAUCCUAGUUAAUCCUUUUCACCCAUUAACAACUUGGUUUUUGAUUUUUGACCAUUCCAAAUGUUCUUGCGAAAAAUUGAAAAAAAAAAAAUCGAAUAAUUUUUUGUAACAAUUUUUCUUAUUGAUAGACAAUGGUGUUUUCGAGAUAUGUGUUUAUUAACAUUUGUGUCCGUAAGAAUAAAUAUGGCAAUACAAAAACGGAAUCUGAAG